AUGCUGCUGUUAAAAUUCGUUGCAUCAGGUUCGUAUUUACACUACGCAUACAACUAAAGAUUGAUUUUUCUUAGACUUUUCAGGGCCUAAAAUUUUAUUUUUUUACACCUAUAUGAUGUCAAAAAACCAUUUAUUACAUAUAUAAAAUGAACGUCUGAUCAACUCGUUAACAGAAAACCUCUUUAUUUUAAAAAAUGGCGCACAAUAGUCAUGUGACCGCCCUCCUUUAGCGUCACUGAGUGCAAUCACGUCUUUGUUAGCAGUAGAACCGGCGACAGUGGUAUCAAUUUGUGUGAUAUCUUGAAAAUGGCGAUUGUUAAAGGAAUUUUUGACGAAAAUACGCGAAAUUUAAUUAAAUCCGCUAAAGUACUCGUAGUUGGUGCUGGAGGUAUUGGAUGUGAACUUCUGAAGAACUUACUACUUAGUGGUUUUGAAAACAUAGACGUUAUUGAUUUAGAUACUAUUGACGUUAGUAAUCUUAAUAGACAGUUCUUGUUCCAGAAACAACACGUGGGAAAAUCUAAAGCUGAAGUUUCGAAGGAUAGCGCCCAGAAAUUCAACCCUAAGGCCAAAAUCACAGCUCAUCAUGAUAACAUAAUGAAACCUGAUUACAGUCUAGAUUUUUUCAAAGAAUUUUCAAUAGUUAUGAAUGCUCUUGACAAUAGAGCUGCCAGAAGCCAUGUUAACAGAAUGUGCCUUGCUGCAGAUGUUCCUUUGGUAGAAAGUGGAACAGCCGGUUACCUGGGGCAAGUAACAGUGAUUAUUAAAGGUCAGACAGAGUGCUAUGAGUGCCAGCCUAAACCACGACAAAAAUCUUUUCCUGGUUGUACAAUAAGGAAUACUCCAUCAGAACCUAUUCAUUGUAUUGUUUGGGCUAAGCACCUCUUCAAUCAACUGUUCGGAGAAGCUGAUCCAGAUGAAGAUGUAUCACCGGAUAUGGCAGACCCCGAACUUGGAGGGGAAGCAGGACAAGUGGCUUUAAACUUUGAUGCAGGUAUAGAUGGCAACAUUCAACGGGUGUCAACAAGGGGAUGGGCCGAGUCUUCAGGAUACAAUCCUGUCAAGAUUUUUAACAAGCUUUUCCGUGAUGAUAUUAAGUAUCUCUUAUCUAUGGAUAAGUUAUGGCAGAAACGUAAACCGCCACAGCCCCUUGACUGGGGAGAGCUUCCCGACUCUGUGGCCUGUAGCAGUAAUAGCCGAUCAGCAGCCAUUAGAGAACAGGAAAUUUGGAGUCUGAAAAAGUGUUCAGUGGUAUUUGAAAAUACAAUACAUAGCCUGAAGAAAAAGUUAGAAACAUUAUCUGGAGACCACUUGGUGUGGGAUAAGGAUGAGGAAGACUGCAUAAACUUUGUAACAGCUUGUGCUAACAUUAGGGCUUUUUGUUUUGGUAUAUCCCAGAAGAGCCAGUUUGAUAUAAAGUCAAUGGCGGGAAAUAUCAUCCCUGCAAUAGCCACAACAAAUGCAGUGAUUGCAGGGCUUCUAGUACUUCAGGCAUGGAAGAUUUUAAUGGGCCACAGUAGUGAUUGCCGCACAGUAUAUCUCAAUAAACAACCCAACCCCAAAAAGAAAUUACUAGUUCCUUGCUUAUUAGACAAACCAAACCCAAAAUGUUAUGUGUGCUCUUCCAAGCCAGAAGUGUCGGUUCAACUAAGCUGUAAGACCCUAACAGUAAAGACUUUGGAAGAACAAAUCCUCAAAGAACAGUUGCACAUGGUUGCGCCGGACGUGGAGAUUGAUGAUGGAAAAGGAACAAUCCUAAUUUCUAGUGAAGAGGGGGAAACAGAAGAAAAUAAGUAUAAAGUGCUUGAAGAAUUUGGAAUUAAAAAUGGAUCUAGGUUGAAAUGUGAUGAUUUCCUCCAAAACUUUGAAGUAGUUUUGAACAUUAUACAUAAAGAACACCUAGAGGAUGGAGUAGAGUUUGUUGUUAUUGGAAAUGCUGGAGAACCACUUCCUGAAGAAAACAGCACAGAACUACCUAAAUAUAAGGAAAAAGUUCAGCAGGUCCUAGAAGAAGUCACUGAAGAUGAUGACCUAGUUAUUAUUGAAGAGGAAGAAGUGGAUGUUGAAAAGAAGCGCAAACAUUCUUUGGAUGAAGAUCAAAGAGAGGAAGUAGUGAAAAAAAUUCGUAUCAGUUAAAAGUUUUUAUAUUUUAACAAAUAUGGUAACACUCGUGUUGUGGUACAUCAACAAUGCCCACUGGUUUAUCAAAUUAUGCUACCUUUAUUUUUCUGAAAUAAAUUUAUAAUUUAAGCAUCUUUUAACGUUAAGAUUUAAAAUUAAACACAUAUGGAAAUGAAAUAAUUUAAUAAAUUAUACAUCUUUUUAGUUGUGUAAUGGUUUUGGUUAUCUUUUGAGAAUUCAAUGAAAACAAAGCCAAAAAUGUUGUUUUCUAUCUAAAAAUUCUGUUACUAAAUUUAACUUUCAGUCAAUGGAUAUGUGUUAAGGAGAAAAUUAUAAUGUGAGUUUAAUCCAAAUGGGAUUAAUAUAAUAUUUAUUGGUACUAAGGUAAAACUGUUUGUAUUUAUCAAAUUAUGAGGCAGUUUGUCAUUGAAAGAGUUACUGCACAAAUUUAUUACUGCAAUGCACCAGUCAAGUGAAAUUUCUUAUUGAUUAUUUUAAACUCUGUAAUAUAGUAUUAGGAAUUCGGUUAAAUUCAUUAUUUGAUGAAUAUAUACUGGGCAAUUCAACUUUGAUACAGUAAAGUGGGAAAUAUUAAUAUCUAAAGUUUCUAAAAAAAUUCCCAUCAAUUGGAAAAUAAUCUACUUAAAAUAUGUUAACUACAGUGUAUGGUUAAAGUUAAGUUAUUUUGAUUUCAGGUUUAUGCUGAAGACUAGUGAACAUCAAGUUGUGAUUUCAUAUUACUUGCACUAAUUCUGGUCAUAAAAUAUUAAAUGGUACUGAACUUGGUAUCGAAACAUUGAACUCUAGAAGCAUAGAAAAGAACAAACAAAUUCAAAGCAUAAGAAAAUAUGUCUCAAAUCUUGGGAAAAAGAGUGUGAGGGGAUUAAGCGUAUUUAACCCGCUAUCGUUCAUAUUGUGAAUCCUGCAUGACGAUAUGAUUGGAAAAACGUACAUUUAGAAUGUUGUAAAUUAUACCAUGUUUCUGGUUGGAUACAUUUCUUAUUAAAUGUUGUAUAUACAAAAAACAAAUCUGGAACGUGUAAACUGGUUGUGACAUUCAUGAAAUCUGUGCUUUAUAUGUUGGUGUUUUUUGUUUUUUUCAUGUUUUCACUACAUAUGUCAUUCUUCCUACAGGUUUAAUGCUUGCUAAUUACUAUAUGUGUAACUACUGUAAGAAUAUUGAAGUAGAAAGACAAUAAAUUUUGUUUAUUGUUACAUAAUUAAUACUAGGUCCUGUGCUGUGUAUCGAGGAUGGUACAUGUAGAAAUCAAAAUCUUGAAUAAAUGAUUUUAAUAAA